CACGGAAAAAAAGUUGUGAAGUGUGUUAGUGGGUGUUGGUGUGUGUCUCGCCUCCUGUGUGUUUCUGCGCUUUUGUGGUUAAAACUAAACCUUCAUGGAAGUUGGUUAACUUUAAAAACAACAACCGAGGACACAGAGCUCAACCCGACUGGACGGAAUUCGCCGUCUUCCCUCUCGGUCCAGGUAUGUUGUUCCGUCUCCAAGCGAUGUUUUGCUGAUGUCAUCCCGGGGGAGGAGAGGAGGCGGCGGCUGGAGAGCAGGACAGGUGCGCGGACUUGCUUCCAGUUGGAUGAAGGUUUGAUCCCGGACCGAGAAGCUGCUGCCGUUUGGCUCAAGUUUCUUCUGAAUGAAGGAGUUUCCAUGCUUUCCGGGAGCCCGCUCUGGAUUACUAAGGAUAUCCCUGACGCUUCCUCUCUCUCUGGAUCUUGCAGCUUCUUCACAACUGGAGUGGAGUGUGUCGGUUCGAGACCGAGCAGCAGCUUCAAUGCGGCACUGACGCAGCUGAUCCUGCUCCUCAGGCAGGAGAUGGUCCACACAUCCAUCACCGCCAGCCGGAUUUGAACCCUUCAGCCGGAUGACUGACCCAGGUGCCGCCAACACCACCAUGUCCAAGACCCUGAAGAAGAAGAAGCACUGGUCCGCUAAGGUCCAGGAGUGCAGCGUGUCGUGGGGGGGAUCCGGGGAGCUGGUGACCGUGGUGGAGGUCCGCGGCGGAGCGGAGCUCGGAGAGUUCCCCUACCUCGGACAGCUCGCACCGGAGGCGCUGGUGUGCCUUGCCGGGAGGUUCCCCUGCAGCGGGGACGUGCUGUUGGAGGUGAACGGGACCCCGGUUAGUGGACUCACCAACCGAGACACACUGGCGGUCAUCAGACACUUCAGAGAACCGGUUCGCCUCAAGACCGUGAAGCCAGGUAAAGUGCUGAACACUGAUUUGCGUCACUACCUCAGUCUGCAGUUCCAGAAAGGCUCCCUGGACCACAAGCUCCAGCAGGUGAUCAGGGACAACCUCUACCUGCGCACCAUUCCGUGUACGACCCGGCAGCCCCGAGAGGGCGAGGUACCAGGAGUCGACUACAACUUCAUCAGCGUCGGAGAGUUCCGCGAUCUGGAAGAGGCUGGACUGCUGCUGGAGAGCGGAACUUAUGACGGAAACUACUAUGGCACCCCUAAACCUCCCGCAGAGCCCAGCCCUGUCCAGCCCGACCUGGUGGACGCAGUCUUGUUUGACGAAGAAUACGACUCGGAGGUCCAACGGAAGCGAACAACUUCGGUCAGUAAGAUGGACCGUAAAGACAGCAGCACGGCACCAGAGGAGGACGAAGAAGAGGAGAGGCCUCCGAUGGUGAACGGCCUGUCUGAGCACAAGGACAAGGCGGAGUGGAGGAAGACCGUGCCCAGUUACAGCCAGUCAGCGGCCGCCAUGGACAUGCGGGUGUGGACGGCACUGUCACAGGAGGACAGUCAGGAGCCACUGCCGAAAAACUGGGAGAUGGCCUACACUGAGACGGGCAUGGUCUACUUCAUCGAUCACAACAGCAAGACCACCACCUGGUUGGACCCCCGUCUGGCUCGGCGAGCCAAACCUGCCGAGAAAUGUGAAGACGGAGAGUUGCCCUUCGGCUGGGAGCGGAUCGACGACCCUCAGUUUGGAACCUACUACGUUGACCACAUCAAGCAGAAGACUCAGUUUGAGAAUCCGGUCCAGGAGGCGAAGAGAAAGUUGAGCAACGACGCCCCGACUGCUGCAGCGUCUCCGCCGCCUGCCGCCACGCCCACAGUGGAGGAGCCUGCACGGGGAGCGCGGGGCUUCACCAGAGACCCGUCUCAGCUGCAGGGCUCUAUACUGCAGACCGCUCUGAGGAAAAGCCCACAAGGUUUUGGCUUCACCAUCAUCGGAGGAGACCGACCCGACGAGUUCCUCCAGGUGAAGAACGUUCUCGCUGAGGGGCCGGCGGCGCACGACAACAAGAUCGCGUCAGGAGACGUGAUCGUGGAUAUCAACGGCUCCUGUGUUCUGGGAAAGACUCACGCUGACGUGGUCCAGAUGUUCCAGUCCAUCCCUGUGAACCAGUACGUGGACCUGGUCUUGUGCCGGGGAUACCCCCUGCCCGAGGACUCCAGCAGCAGCGAAGAGGCCUCUGGAGGUCUCGGCACAUCCAAGGACACGUCCCCUUCUCCAUCCUCGUCCACGCCACAGGACACUCACUACACGGAUGGAUCAACCAUGCCCAGACCGUCGGCGUCAGUUCCACCCAUGACCAACGGGGGGCGCCACCACCACCACCACCACCAUCAUCCUCACCAUCAUCAUCUUCACCAUCAGCCCCAACACAACCAGGAGGGCCCCGACCCCACGCUGCUGCAGCCCGAGCUGGUCAGCGUGCCCCUCAUGAAAGGACCCGGCGGGUUCGGCUUUGCCAUCGCUGACUGCCCGCUGGGCCAGAAGGUGAAGAUGAUCCUGGACGCUCAGUGGUGCCGCGGCUUGCUCAAGGGCGAUGUCAUCAAAGAGAUCAACCGACAGAACGUCCAGACACUGAGCCACUCGCAGGUGGUGGACAUCCUGAAGGACCUGCCCGUGGGCAGCGAGGUCAACGUACUGGUGCUGAGAGGAGGUCAGACGUCACCUGUGAAGUCGCUGAAGCCGGUGGCGACACCCACAUCUGGACCGUCUCCUCACUCCAACCACUCUGGGUCACAGCAGAUCCUCCCUGGGCCGCAGCAGCAGGUCCACCAUGGCUCUCAUCAGCACAUCCCACAUAACCAGCGGCAGGAGAUGGUCAGCAGCACUGAGACUCUGAGUCACCCCGAGGUUCCGCCCAACCCACUGUCCGGCAACACGCUCAGGUCCUCCUCCCCAAAACCGGACGCAUCAGAACUAUACCUCAAGUCCAGAGCCCUGCUGGAGAGUCAGCCUCCGAACACCAAGGAUCUGGACGUCUUCAUCAAGAGAAACCAGGAGUCGGGAUUUGGCUUCAGAGUUCUGGGAGGAGAAGGACCGGAGCAGCCGGUGUACAUCGGCGCCAUCGUGCCACUCGGCGCAGCAGAGAAGGACGGACGCCUGCGGGCGGGAGACGAGCUUCUGUGCAUCGACGGCGUGGCAGUCAAAGGGAAGUCCCACAAACAAGUCCUGGAGCUGAUGACCAACGCGGCUCGCAACGGCCAGGUCAUGCUGACCGUCCGACGGAAACUGGUGCAGUCAGACGCGGCGCCGGACCAGGAGCUGCCAACCGGGACACCGGCAGUCGCCAGCUCUCCCAGAACCCCCCGGGCUGAGCCCCCCAGACCUCAGCAGACCCGACCUGAGUCCUUCGACGUGACGCUGCAGCGGAGAGACAAUGAGGGCUUCGGCUUCGUCAUCCUGACGUCGAAGAACAGGCCGCCCCCUGGUGUGAUCCCGCACAAGAUCGGACGGAUCAUCGAGGGGAGUCCCACGGACCGUUUGGGUCAGAUGAAGGUCGGCGACCGGAUCUCUGCCGUCAACGGUCGUUCCAUCAUGGAGCUCUCGCACAACGACAUCGUGCAGCUCAUCAAGGAGGCGGGACACGCAGUGACCCUCACCGUGGUCCCUGAGGACGACUCGGCACCACCUUCUGCCAGCAACUCGGCAAAGCAGAGUCCAUCAGCUCAACACAGGGCUGUUGGGCAGCAGCCGCCCAGCUACCAUGACAGAAACGGUGAUCAACAGAGAGACACUGGAACGACGAUCCCGUCCGGACCCAAACAGGGCUGUUUUGUGGUGGAGCUGGAGCGCAGCAAUCGAGGAUUUGGCUUCAGUCUGAGAGGAGGGAAGGAGUACAACAUGGGCCUGUUCAUCCUGAGACUGGCGGAGGACGGGCCGGCCCUGAGGGACGGCAGGAUCCACGUGGGCGACCAGAUUGUGGAGAUCAACGGCGAGGCCACUCAGGGCAUCACGCACACUCGGGCCAUUGAGCUGAUCCAGGCCGGGGGUCACCGAGUCCACCUGCUGCUCCGGCCCGGCCAGGGUCUGGUCCCGGACCACAGUUUGAAGGACAGAAGUAACAUGCCAACAUAUUCCAGACUCACCGAGGGUUCCUCUCCUCCCUCCCCCCUCACUACCUCUGACAUCUCCCCCUCCUCUCCCAAAACGCUCGAGUCCUCCUGGAGGGAGAGUGCAGGCUCCCCAGGAGCCAGAGUCCAGCAGCAGACCAUCAGCCCAGGACACCAGACCCACAGGCCGGGUCGUGGGGACUCCAACCCCACCAGCCCCAAGAGAGUGGAGCCGGCCGAGCGCUCCCAGAGUCCCAGGAAGGCUGAGAGGGGGACGGGGGGUGAGGACAGGAAGGCCCACUCUUCCAGUCCCAGGAAGAAGAAGGACGAGGAUCUGGCCGUGAAGGAGCCUCACAGUCCCAGGCGUCCAGCGGGGCAGCAGCCCGGGACCUCCUCUGCUGAGACCCAGGACUGGAGGCAGGACGACGCCACCUACUGGCAGGACGGCGCGGAGAGGGCCUGGGCCACCGGGGAGCGGAAGAGGGGCAAGAGGUCUGAACAUGAAGCUGCAGCUCAGAAACACCACAGGGAGAGGAUUGGAUCAGACCCAGACCAGAGCCUUCGCAGGGACAAGGGGGAGCACCGAAGUCAGCACCAGAGCGAAGCCAGGACUGAGCUGAGGGGUUCCAGUGGCAACAUGCAGGACUACAGCGCGGCCGCGAAGAAGGCUCAGAUCACCCCGGGUCCCUGGAAGGUCCCCAGCUCGUCCCGCAUCCAGUCCCAGGUGGACAUCUGACCCGACCCCAGCCGGACCACCACUGUGUAACCAGCGACCGUAGCUUGUCAUCACGUCAUUCCCUGCCUCCAGUGUACCCAAGGAGCUGAAGAAUCACUGUGAGACCAUGAAGUUUUGAGGGUCCCAGUCCACGGGUGCUGCCCUGACAACCAGUCAGACCAUGUGACCUGUUGAACUGUUGAGUGUCGCUGAGCGCGGCCCAAGCACCACAAGGACCCGGGCCCGGUUCCGUUUCGACGUCCUUCCCGAACUCGACCCGACACUCGUGCUUCUCACGUCACUCAGCCGAAAUGUAACUUCGCACGUUUACGAGCCCGCGUCAUCUGGUGGUCCACUGUGCUGAUUUGCUCUCUGCGUAUUGCCACUAUAUUUUUAUGUGAACCGCCGUAGCAUCAAUCUAAUCUGAAGGAUUAUUUAUCUGAGAAUAUAUCUCCACACUUUAGUCGAUUGUCGCGUCUCUGUCUUCCGCUCGUCGACGGAGACGAUUUAUCAUUGUGACAGAUGUAGUUUUAUAUAUGCGACCCUCAAUGUGAAACCUGACUCCGUGUAAAUAGUUGAAGGUUUUCAGUCGUCGAGUCGAUCUGGUGUGUUGCUGUCGAGUUGAUGCAGUUUGUUGCAUGUGCAGUAGGUGGCGCUGGUGCGCUAACGAGGAACGCUAUUUCACCAGUUUAACAAACUUUUUCUUUGUCAAAUAAUCCGUUCAAAAUUGAUUCGAACCAUAUAGAUGAUGAAGUUAAUUUAUUUCUGAGCUAAGCCCCUCCUUUAAUUCGGCACCUGGAAAAUGUGAAGCCAUUAGUUUUAGACUUAUUUUUGUAAUGGAGGCCUAAGUGAAUGGCUGAAUCUUCAGUAGCGCUCCAGCGACACCUCGUGGCUCUUUAAGUUAUUGUCCUUCCCGUGUUGUGACGAGCGUGUUCAUGUUGAUACCGUGGCCUUGCGUCGCUCCGACAGUCUUCUUCGAUCAUCACAACUGUUAAUACGUGUACAGCACCUGUAAAGAGAAGAGUCCACGCAGGAAAAGAAUCCUCUGUAAAUCCUUUCAUUAUUUUUUUAAGGGAGAAACAUGAAGUAUAACUCAGUGAUAUAAUGUGCCCAUGAUCUUCUGUUCAUGCACUGAUGAGAAAUAAAAGUCAAUAAAUCAAAGCAAUAUCUGCGUCGCUUCGUCUAAUACUGCGGGCUUCGAGACAUUUCAGAGCCAGUGAGUACUUUGUGUGUUAUACA